AUGUCAGACCAGACACGAAUUAUGAGUCUUAAAGACAGACUCUAUUUGCAUCCUCUUGACAAAUAUGAGAAAUAUGGGAGAUUUCCUUGAGCUUUAGUUGUCCAGCUUUUAAUCGUGCUAAUGACCACUUGCCAGGCGUUAUUAAUUGUGAAUAGAAACACAUCUUAUUCCUAUGACCAAUAUCAAUUGUUCAACAAAAUGUUUUUGAACUUAAUCUUCUCGAUAUAAUAAAAACAGGUUUUUUUUAAAAAAACUUAUUUAUUUUAAUCAAUAAAAAAUUAUGUAACUAUUAGGAGCAGGAAUUUAAAUGUCGAAGGAAGCGACACAGAAAUACUAAACCAGUUCACAAUUUACCACAUCCAAGAGCUAAGCACUUAUAUCCAGCAAACCGUCAGCGUAAUUAUCAUAUAGAAAUAUUUCAAUAUUAAUAGCUACACAAUAGAUCAAUAUAGCUAUGAAUAUGAAGAUAACGGUGAUAAAGAGCCUGCUACACUUCUUGUCAGCUAUAUAGGGCAUGAUUGGAAAGAUAAGGGCUAUAAAAAUAUCUAUUAUUUAACAGAAGAGGACUUAGGCCCUUUUUCCCACUAUAAUGUCCGAAAAUACCUAACUUCCUUAAUACAUGAGCGAGCAAAACCUAUAUAAAUACCCUAUUUUCCAAUAUAUAAAGAUAAUUAUUAUAAUAAAUUUCUUGCUAUUUCUGCUAAAUUUGCAUUUUAAAUAUAGAUUUUGAAAAUUAAAUUAAUUGAUUUUACAAUAUUGGUUCUUAUAUAUAAAAAAACUAAGCAUCCUCCACGCAUAUAAAAUUUUUUGUUUGCUUACAGAGGGAGUAGGCGACGUUGAGAGAUUUGAAAUCGAGUUUCACCUGAUUCAUCAUUUAAACUCCAAUAUGGAUGUCUCUUCUAACUGCUACCAUUGAAAAAUCGUCCAAUUCUACGAUUUCCACAAUCAUGGCUCAAUCCAUGUUUCUCUCAAAACAACCAGAACAACCUGCUCCUCUAAAGAGUGUAAGGGAUAAUUAGUCAAUAUUUUCGAAAAUUACCUGUGGAUAGGAGCUAUGGUAUUUUUACUUGGGUGUUUUUCUCUCGGAAUUGUAUGUGCUUAUUUAUUAAAAAGAGCUAUGAUUAUGGCACAUAUUAAAAAAGGGCAUGAAAUGGAUAUAGGGCUUUCCCUUGAAUAGCCCGAUAACGGGCUGGCUUCAUCCGGUUAUCGGGCUAUUCAAGGGAAAGCCCUAUACCUGGAAUGCUUGGGAGUCGUUGAGAUUCAGAGAAAAAAUAAAAUUUAUUAACCUUUGGGUCAUUUUUACAGUCAUAGGGAAUUUAGCUCAGAUUUUUGCAGGGAUUUUGACGCUGAUAGACCAAGAUACAGUCCUGCAAGUUCAUGAACAAAUUAUUGGGAUUGCUUGUUUUUGUGCUUGGGUGGGGCUGGUUAGAUUUAUAGAGCAUAGCUCGAAUUCUUACAUUAUAGUAAAUACUUUGAAGAGAAGCUUUGGGAAGCUGCUGCCUUAUCUUGUAGGGAUUCUUCCUAUAUUUAUGGCGUAUGUGUUCUUAGGGAUGUGCAUGUUCUGGAAAACUGGGCUAUAUCCGACUACAACAGCUGGAAUGGUCACUAACUUUGCAAUUUUAAACGGAGACUCUGUUUAUGGCUUUUUUGCUUCUUGUGUGGCUGAUAACAGUGUUUUAGGUCAGCUUUAUAUGUUUACCUUUAUUGUUUUCUUUAUUUGGUAAAUAUAAUAUAGUUGUGUACAUAACAUUUUUAUUGCAAUUAUACAAGAAGGCUUUGCAUCAUUAAAUGAACGGCCAGUCAGAAAGCACAGAGUAGAGUCUAGUGAAUCUGAUACUGAUGAGUUCCCAAUGGAGCCUCCACCUUUAAAAGCAUCAGCUGAAGAACAGAAAAAAAGUGAAGAUGGUAUGGAAUAUUUUUCCCUCCAAAGAAAAUUCUUGUAAAAUGGGGAUUAAAUUUUUUUGGAUUAAAAAUUCUUCUCAUUUGUAAAAAAAAAUCUAAUUAAUUAUUUGGCAAGUUAUUAAUAAUUUAAUAGAAUUUGUCGAAGAUCAUGCUUCUAAAAUCAUUAAUAAUAUAUCAAAUUAUUAUUUUAUAAAAAUUUCGCUAACUAGCUAGGGAUUUUCUAUAAUUUUGAUAGCUAAAACUAAAGGGUGGAAUUAGCAAAAAAAUCAAGGAUGGCCUUAAAAAUGAUCCUUAAAGGCUCCAAGCCAGAUUCUUCUCUUCUUGACGAAAACACCCAAAAAGCUAUAGGAAGGAUUGUCAGCUUUGGAAAAGACGUUGAAAGGAUUCUGCAGAAAAUGCAGAUGCUGGCAAGUCCACAGCAAGGGGUUUCUGUAGAUAGGGAUGAAAUUGUGAAGCAGCUGGUCAUAACUUUGAAUGAGCAGAAAGAAACAAUAAACAAUAUUUUGACAAAUAUUUAA